CCCGGGAGGGGAGGGGGGGGUACUGCCUGCUCUCUGUCCAUCCUGAGCCUGCAAAGCGCUCUUCAGACGUGGGGCGGGCCCCCACCAGCGGUGACGAAGACAGCUGAAUGUCCAGAGCACACAGGAACCGGCUGCAGAAGCAAAAGUCGUUUUCCUCCCGUUUCUGCCUCAAAGAAGAAAUGAGCUUCUCACUGCAAAAGUCCCCGCCGUGUGUCGUGGGGCCGAAGGAAUGGCCGGCACCCCCCGAAUGGCUGGCGGGAAGGGCGGACCCCACUUCGCUCCCCAAGGACUUCAACUUUCUGAGCCUGGUCGAGCAGCAGGCCUCGAAGGCCAAGGGGCCUGAGAACAACCUGUACGCCCAGUACGAGGAGAGGGUGCGCCCGUGCAUCGACCUCAUCGACUCCCUGCGGGCCCUGGGCGUGGAGCAGGACCUGGCGCUGCCCGCCAUCGCCGUCAUCGGGGACCAGAGCUCGGGCAAGAGCUCCGUGCUGGAGGCCCUCUCUGGAGUCCCCCUCCCCAGAGGCAACGGGAUCAUCACGAGGUGCCCGCUGGAGCUGAAGAUGAAGAAGCAGCCGUGGGCGUCCAGGUGGAGGGCAACCGUCAGCUACCGGGACGUGCGGCUGCAGCUGGACAGCCCCUCCCAGGUGGAGAAGGAGAUCCGGAAAGCCCAGAAAGCCCUGACGGGAAGUGACACGAGCAUCAGUCAGGAGCUCAUCACCCUGGAGGUCACCUCCUGCGAGGUUCCCGACCUCACGCUCAUUGACCUGCCUGGCAUUGCCAGGCUGGCUAUAGGCGGGCAGCCCCGGGACAUCGGAGAGCAGAUCAAGGCGCUCAUCAGGAAAUACAUCCAGAGGCAGGAGACCAUCAACCUGGUCGUGGUCCCCAGCAACGUGGACAUCGCCACCACCGAGGCGCUGAGCAUGGCCCGGGAGGUGGACCCCGACGGGGACAGGACCAUCGGGGUGCUGACCAAGCCCGACCUGGUGGACAGGGGCACCGAGAAGGGCGUGCUGCAGGUGGCGCAGAACCUCACCUACCACCUCAAGAAGGGCUACAUGAUGGUGAGGUGCCGGGCCCAGCAGGAGGUCCUCAACAACCUGAGCUGCGCCGAGGCGGCCAAGAGAGAGAUGCAGUUCUUUGAGGUGCACCCGCACUUCAGAGUUCUCCUGGACAAUGGGAUGGCCACGGUGCCCCGGCUGGCGGAAAGGCUAACGGAGGAGCUCAGCGAACACAUCAGUAAAUCACUCCCACUGUUGGAGACUCAGAUACGAGAGAAGCACCUGCAGGCGACCGAGGAGCUGCGGAGCUGUGGGGCCGACGUCCCCAGCCAGGAGGCCGACAUGAUGUUCUUUCUGAUUGAGAAAAUCAAGCUGUUUAACCAGGACAUCGAGAAGCUGGUGGAGGCGGAGGAAGCCGUGAAGGAGAAGGAGACGCGCAUGUACAACAGGGUGCGCCAGCAGUUCCAGCGCUGGGCCGGCGUCCUCACUGCCAGCAACCUGAGAGUGAAAAAUAACAUUCAGGACGAAAUCUCAAAGUACGAGAAUCAGUAUCGCGGCAAGGAGCUUCUGGGCUUCGUCAGCUACAAGACGUUCGAGACCAUCGUCCAGCAGCACCUGCAGCAGCUGGUGGACCCCGCGCUCCAAGUGCUGCUCAGCACCGUGGAGAUCGUCCAGCAAGCUUUCUGCGACACGGCCGCGAAGCACUUCAGCGAUUUUUCCAACCUCCAUCAGAUCGUCCGGCUGGCAGAGCAGCAGCAGAAGGCACAGCCGGUCUCUCUCGUGCGCCCAGAACAACAUCGAAGGCAUCAGAACGAGGCAGGUGGAGAAGGCGCAGGAGGUGAUCCAGCUGCAGUUCAAGAUGGAGAAGCUGGUCUACUGCCAGGACCAGAUCUACAGCACAGUGCUCAAGGGUGUCCGCCAGGAGGCGCUGCAGCCCCCGGGGAACACGCCCCUGGCCUUCCCCCUGGCCUCCCGCUCUGCCAAAGACACAGCCCAAGUCUCCACCGUCAGCGAAAUCGGAGCCCACGUGGAGGCGUACUGCUUGGAAACCAGCAAACGGCUGUCCAACCAGAUCCCGUUCAUAAUUCAGUUUUUCAUACUUCGAGAAAACGGCGACUGCCUGCAGAAAGCCAUGCUGAGGACCCUCCAGGAGAAAGAGAGGUACUCCUGGCUGCUGCAGGAGCACAAGGAGACCGCCACCAAGCGCAAGGCCCUGAAGGAGCGGCUCUUCCGGCUGGCCCAGGCGCGGCGCACGCUCUGGCAGUUCUCCAAGGGAGGGGUGCACUGAAGGGACAGCCCGAGUGGCCCCGGGCGGGGGCCACUCCCCCGUCCUCCCAUCCCGGUCCCAUACACAUCCCCAGAGCUUGCGGCUGGUGUCCCCGCAGGCCCAACUCCCCUGACCUCCUCGGAGAGGCGCUGUUGAGGCCGUGGCCCCGCGCGGGCAGUGGGAGCCCCGUCACUCGUCACUCCCGCUGUCGCCGGCAGCCUGGGACAGCCCGGGGUGGGGGAGGGAGUCUGCAUCUUGUUCCGCUUUGGUUGUGCGAGAAUCUCGCUGGGCACCCAGAGCGGAGUCACCACUGAUCAGCUGACGUCAGCAAGAACAGAUCCCCGCCGUGGAGGGCCGGGGGAUGACCUGGGGCCCUCUCGGAGUCCGGGUCCUGGGUGUUUGUGUCCCUUAGCGGUCACUCUCCAGGGGAAGCCUCGCGCCACUGCAGGUUCCCAGCCCCCGAGGCUCCUGCCCCCUGGGAGUUCGCCCAGUGUGGGAGCCUGCACGUGGUGUCCCCAAGGGACUGAAUGAGGAAAAGCUUUUCACCAAAACCCUGCAGCCUUGCGCCAGACCAGGACCCAACGGGACAAGCGACGGGGAUUCUGAUUCCUACGUCAUGCUUCUCUGAUGCCCGAAUACUGAGCACGGAGCCCUUAGCCCAGACAACACAGGGAACACUGUUCUCUGCUUGCUGUUGAUCCGGGUUUGACCUGGAAAGCCCCUGCCGAGUCUGCAGCACAGGCCAGGGUGGGAAACCUUACACUUUCACAAUAAAAGUUCAUGGCAAAACCGCA